AUGCACAUACAUGUAAUAUCUAUCUAUCUAUCUAUCUAUCUAUCUAUCUAUCUAUCUAUCUAUCUAAAUAAAAGUAACAAUAUCUAUCUAUCUAUCUAUCUAUCUAUCUAUCUAUCUAUCUAUCUAUCUAUCUAUCUAUCUAUCUAUAUAAAAAUUGGAAGGACUUUAUCAGACUACCUUUCUUUCUUUCUUUCUUUCUUUCUUUCUUUCUUUCUUUCUUUCUUUCUUUCUUUCUUUCCAUUCCUGAAGAGGAAAUUUUCUUUUGUUUUGCAUGCAUACGUAGAAAGAUGUAUUAACGAGGCGGCUGCAGUUGGAAUAAAUCGAUAUUAUUCAUAUUCUUUCACUUACCUUUUCCUUCUUGCUGUAUCUGCUCGUAUCUAUCUAUCUAUCUAUCUAUCUAUCUAUCUAUCUAUCUAUCUAUCUAUCUAUCUAUCUAUCUAUCUAUCUAUCUUCUUCUUGAUGAUUGAAAUUGUUGCAUAUUUCUUACCAGAUCCUGUGGAUGGUAAUUUGAUACAACGCUUCCAAUCACUUACUUUUCUUUCAAAUCUUUUGUCACUCGAAACUUACCACCACAAAUUAGAGAUGCAUUGUUUUUUAUUACGCUGUUUUUCUUUCAUUGAUUCAUUACAAAUAUCAAGCCAACAGUGA